GGAGUUGUUCUUAGUGUUGACUGUUUCAAGCCAAUUUUAACCUAUAGCACGGUAGCUGGCCUUUCGGAGCCAUGUUGGCCAGUGCCUUGCCACAGUCAUCGCUGCCGGCGAGGAGCCUAAAGCGGGCAACGAGGGCUUCGCUCCGCGUCCAGGCGGUUGCGGCGCCUAUUAAACCAGGCAACGGCGAAUGCCCCGUGUUCAAGGACCCCAAGGGCCGGGUCAUCCCCGCCAUGUGCGCCGAUUACGGGUUCCGCUCGGGCGCUGGGCGGCUGUACCAGGAGGGCUAUGGCGAGGUACCCAAGGACGUAUGGCAGCUGGCUAAGGACAACUACCGGCAUGAGCUCGAGGCGCUUCGCCGAGCGGUGCGCUACCCCGCCCCUGACACCCGUCCGCCGGGCAGUGCGCUGGGCAAGUUGCUCCACGCUGCCGGCGGCGCUGUGUCCUCGGCGCUGCGGCGGCUGGACGGGGCGCUGGAGGGCGCCCGGGUGCUGCCGCCGCUGCAGCCGCCGCCGCUGCUGAGCGAGCUGGAGACGCAGGAGUUCAAACAGAUCCGGGCCAAGCUAGACGCGCUGCAGCUGAGCACCGCCGACGUGGCGGCCGUGGAGGCUGCGCGGGUGGCGGCGCAGGGCGACAUGGAGAGCCCGCUGUGGAUCAAGGCGCCCUUCUUCGCGCUGUGCUGGCUGCUGGACGUCAUGUACGACAACAAACCCAUCGAGAAGUUCUGGGUCCUUGAGACUGUUGCGCGCAUCCCCUACUUCGCCUACAUCUCCAUCCUGCACCUGUACGAGUCGCUGGGUUUCUGGCGGGCUGGGGCGGAGCUGCGCAAGAUCCACUUCGCGGAGGAAUGGAACGAGAUGCACCACCUGCAGAUCAUGGAGAGUCUGGGUGGCGACCGGGCCUGGUUCGACCGCUUCGUGGCGGAGCACGCGGCGGUGUUCUACUACUGGGUUCUCAUCCUGUGCUACCUGGUGUCUCCCGUGAUGGCCUACAACUUCAUGCAGCGGGUGGAGCUGCAUGCGGCCGAUACCUACUCUGCCUUCGUGGAUCGCAACCGGGCUCUGCUGCGCUCCGUGCCUCCCCCGAUGGUGGCGCUGCAGUACUACCUGGCGGAGGACCUGUACCUGUUCGAUGAGUUCCAGACGGGCUCCCGCCACUCCCCGCCCCGCCGCCCGCCUUGCGACACGCUGCUGGACGUGUUCCUCAACAUUCGGGAUGACGAGCUGGAGCACGUCAAGACCAUGGCGGCGUGCCAGCAGUCCACCAUU